AAACGGCGCUAAGCUAACAGGCAGCUAAACGCAAUUUAACAAGGUUUGGUUGUAAUUUUACUGAAAAGAAACGCAUUUCAGCAUUUUACCUAUUGGUUCAGCACAAGCGAGGCAGACUGGAUUGGCUGCAUUUCAAUGGAUACGCUGUCAAAAACAGCCGGUGCUGAUGCUCCGCGGGAGAAGAUAUUGUGGAUGCUGUUCAACAUUUAGCCCUGUCUCUCUGCAGGAGCUUUGUCCACCACCAGCACCCAGUGGGGUAGUAUCUGACAGCCUGUCACUCCCAUCUUAUAGAGAGUAUCCAGCUCACCGUCCCUUCAUCAACACACUUGUGCAUCACACACCCCAAACACGUGCACAUCAGUCAUAUCGCCCAUCAUCACCCAGCAAGGCAUUCCCAGAGACCAGCAGUGCAGCGAUCUUAUCUGCCUUGAGGAACCUCCAGGAGAAGAUCAGGAAGUUGGAGUUGGAGAAGGGGCAUGCAGAGCUCAGUCUGCAUACGAUGGGGAAAGAUGCGUCAAAUACCCAUCUGCAGAGCGAUAAAGUCACACAGAGACUCUUAAAAGAUUACACAGAUACAAAAAAAGAGAGUGGACAGUCCAAUUGCAACCAAGUGUUGAUUACCCAUCUGGCUGCUGCAGAGUCUCGCUGUGUGAAGCUGGAGCGGCAGCUGGAGCACAUGAGGAGGAUGUUGCGCAGUGCCAAGACGGACAGGACCAGCCUGCUCAAACAGCAGGUUUCCAUGGAGACGGCCAAGUCAGUUGAUCAACAGUCAGACCUGGUGUCUGAGCAUGUCCAGUUGGAGAAGCUGGAGCGACUGGAGCAGGAGUACCUUAGACUGACACGCACACAAAGCAACGCAGAGAUGAAGAUUCGGGAGCUGGAGAUGAAACUACAGGAGGAGGAGCACCAGAGAAAGCUGGUCCAGGACAAAGCCAAUCAGCUACAGACAGGUUUGGAGACCAACAGGAUACUGCUGCAGUCAGUGUCACCUUGUCUGUCCAGCAGACAGUCCAAAGAGAAAAAGUCAGAUUCAAAGAAGCAGCCAUCCUACAUACAGCCACACUACAGACUGAGCCUCAGAGACGUACCUUUUGUUGCUGGAACGUCAGUAGGCUGCAGCCACUCAGUCCGAGCAAACGUCCAGUCCGUUUUAUCUCUCCUAAAGCGACACCAGCCACACCUCUGCAACAGCCGUGUCCUCUCUAGGAAAGCAAACAGCUAUGAGACAGGUAGUAGUCCCAGGCGUUCAGACAGCUCAUCCUCUUCCUCCUCUGCAAGCGAAGAGGAGCUAUCAGAGCUGCUACAAGCACUACAGGAGGAGCUGCGAUUCAUGAGCUUGGAGCAGGAUGAGUUGAUGAGGCAGGUGGAGGCCAGCGUGUCUGACCAGGAGAGCAAAGAACUUCAGAGGGAGCAGGAGAGGCUGCUGCUGAAAAUGGAGAGGAAAGGAGAGCAGAUCAGUAAGCUGUACAAACACAGAACACAGAUAAAGAAGUUAAGAAAGGAAACCAGUUCUAGGCGGAACAAUGGGAAUGAGGUGAGGAUGACAACCACAGCGUCCACUAGAGGUCGCUCUGCUGCAGCAGUCAAAGUCAGACCAGGAGAGAGGAGCAAGAGGAACCUGCGGCUGCUGAGGGACAUGAGGGCGCUGCAGACCUCACUACGGACCUGAAACCCAUCACAUCAACACAGCACACUGGGUUGUUGUUGAUGGUGCUAUCUACCUACCUCUGGCCAUUAUUUCACCAUCACAGAGAUACUGACAGAUGAUCUCUACAGUUUGUCUGUUCAUAAACAUAUGACCUAUGAUCCCUUGGGACCUUUUUUCUACUGUAUUAAGAAGAUGUAACCCAUCUAAAAAAAUGAUGUUUUAAACCACACUUCAGUUGUCUGCAUGUCCAACCAAAAUGCAUUUCAUCUGAACAUGGUUUAUUUGGCGUCUGAUUAGUCAAUUAGUCAAGUGUCAAAUCAGAAUGUUUAAAAGAGAGAGCUUUGAAUGAUACCUUCAAAGAAACUGUAUUUUAGUU